AGGUUGUGGCUCGCAGUUGCAAUGUUGCCAUGCGCGGUGCCCUUGUCGGCUUAGCCGGGGCAGUCAGAGAAAUGCAGCGUGUUCCGUCCGGAAGCGGGUACAACGAUGACGCCCAACUCCCCACCCUGCUGUCGCCGAGGAAGUCCCCGAAAAAAGAAAGGGCUCAGAAACCGCAAGGCAUAGCGGAGGUCAGCUGGGACAAGUUUCUUCCGGACUACAACGCCAAGCUUGGAACUGGGGCAUAUGGCGGCGUGUACACAGUACAAGGCAACCCAGACAAGGUCGUGAAAUUGUUUGACCGCGGUGAUUGGAAUGACGUGAUGAAGGAGACCGUUUUUGCACAAGACAUGAAAGCCCGCGAUCCUGUCCACUUUGUGGACUGCAUUGGCGUUGGCAAUUCUCCUGUGGAUGAUGGCAAGAUUUUUGCCGUUUUUGAGCGUGCGGCUGGCAUUACAUUGAAUGCUGCGGCUCAUUGUUUUCGCUCGCCUGAUGGAAUCAACCAUGUGGGCCAAGCACUUGAUGUCUUGGACCAGCUCACAGAAAUCAUGAUGCGAAUGAUGAAGCCAGACAAAAAUGGACAGCUGCAUUUUCAUUUGGACCUCAAGCCGGACAACAUCAUGAUUGCGCGUGAUGCCACUGGCAAGCCAGAGUUCCAAGUGACGCUAAUUGACUACGGCGUCGUGCGGACCUGUAAAAUGGGUGAUGCAGACGUUCACGAUGCAGCCUUGCAGGUGUUCCGGUGGCUGGGGUGGCUCUUUCUAUGGAUGUUGGCUUCUGAAAACUUCACGCUGGAUGACAGCCUGGAAAAGAACCCAUGGGAUCUUUUGCCUGAAGGAUUCCGACCAUUCUUUAAGCGCUCUGAUUUCCGACCACCAGCCUACAGGAGUGAAAAGUUAAGUGCCGGCCUUCUCCGAGAUGCCUUGCAAGAUGGAUUCUUCGACCAAGUAAUGUCUCCUGCAUUUCGGCAGCAGUGGACGUCCCCAAGCAAGGCCAAGCAACUGCUGGGAAGCAUUCUCGGUGAUUUGUUCUAUGGCGUGGCGUUGGCCAGCGAUUGCUCUUCCGAGUUUUGUCCGGACUUCGAGAAGUUCCACAACGACUUCAAAGAGCUUCACAAGACGAUUGCCAGUGACUCACUGUGAGCCCAAAAUGAAGAUGGCCGCCAGCUUAUACCUAAAUGCCUUUGGAGCGGCUCAGCGCUCCGGCCACAGCUGCAUCUCUUUUUCCGGCAAGUCAACGCACUUGGCUGGCUGAAUUCGUAGCUCACGCGGCUGCCACGAAGCACAGCUGCGGGGCAAGGCCAUUGACUGAAUGGAUCUGGAGUGGUUCAG